UCUCACAGAAACCCCCUACACGUAUUCGACACUCGACAGGUCAGCUGCUUCUUUGUGCUCUUGUGAUCCACUGUAAAAGUACCUGCUUUGUCAGCACUGUUAAGAGUAACCAACCUGACCAACCCCUGACUUCAUCAUCUCAUCAUUCACAUCUUCAAGCUGUAUUAGCAUUCAGUGUCAACACUCUUUGUAUGAAUGGGCAAUGCCUUUCCCUGUCCUACAGCUCCCAGCAUCCUUCAGCUGGCCUUAACACCUCCAUUAUUAACAUCCUCAACCGCAUCUUCUUCUGACGAAGCCUACAUUAGAAACACAGACUGGCCCAGAUUAAUCACGCUGGAUCAAUCUAACUCAGACUUCUCCAGCACUAACUGUCUUUGUUUGCCCUCCCAUCUGAUUAUUUUGACCUCAAACAUCUAAGAAGACUUAAAUGUCCUUUCAAAAUAAGCCUCUCAUUAAUUUGUCUGGAUCUCUGAAGCUACAAAUCAAUCAUGUGGUCCACGUUCAUCGUGCAGGAUGAAGAGGUAAGGACGGUGAAUCCAUCGGCUGGGGUGCACCAACCUUCCGGUGGGCUGGAAGGGUUUUUGGGAUCACGAGGCGGUGGACGUAAACGCCGAAACAGAACGCACUCCAGUUCUGGAGUUGGAGUUAGUGAAAGCCAAGAGGGCAAAAUCAAGUUGACUUUGUUCAUGGCUGUAACCGGCAUCAUGCUUACUGUGCUCGGGGUGGGAACAGAGUUCUGGGUGGAGCUUAAACCAUCCAAGAGCUUCUACAACAAUCAGACUUGUCUGGUGGCACAUUAUGGCUUAUGGAAAUGCUGUACCAAGACAUUCUGGGUAUCAGAUAUGGACCCAAAGCAGGAGAUCUGUGGGCCUUUGCACUUACAUGAAGAAUCCAAUUGCACCUUCUUUAAGUUCUACACCACUGGAGAGAACAUUGUCCUAUUUCAGAAAACGCCAGAAAAGGAUCUGACAGUAGCGUCAGCCAUGUUUGCUAUCAUGAGUCUUUUCCUGAUGGUGAUGGGAGCUAUCUGCGUUAUCAUGGCAGUAAGCAAAGGUGUUCAGUUCUUCUUGAAGCCAGCCGCAGUUUGCUUCAUACUGUCAGGUGUCUUAAUCUUCCUCUGCCUCAUGGUUUUCCACCAAUCAGUGCUGUCUUUCUUAGCAAGUGACCAAUCCAUACCUCUACAUCAUGAAAUGUCAUGGUCAGUGACGUGUGUGGGCUGUGCUGGGGCUCUGGUCAUUGUCGCCGGGGUCUUGUUCUUGGUCCUUGCUCUUCCAUACAGUCCUUGGGAAAAGUGCUUACCUAAGAAAAACAGUGACAUCUAGUGGUGUGGGGGCUGAAGUGCACUUCUCAUUCAGAUUUGCACGGAAUCCUCUUGAUAAAGUGGAACAGACAACAACAGUACAUCCUGGUGAAUCUGGGUAUAUAUAUAAAACCAAUGGUUGGCAAUAUGAUUAUACUGUGCAAAAGUUGGCACUAGAGAGGAUGCUGUUGGGAAUGUAACAGGAAGUGGGCCAGACAUUUUGGUAGAGUACAUGUAUCAUUAGGAUGGAAUGCCUAAAAUAAUAAGCUCAUAACUUUAACAUAAUAGCACUUUUUUGGG